CCUCUGCCCAAAAAAGAUGGAGGGCUUUCCUCACCCCGUCCUGGUAAUCCACUACCAUCGAUCACUCAGCAUGUAUGACCAGGUUAUUCAACGUCUUACUAAUUACACCAUGGACCGCCUGCUCGAGGAUCCGCGCGACAACGAACUCCCCCUCGCCCCCGACGAUGACCCGUCGCAAUCCUUAAUCAUUCGCACGGGAAAUGGACGGCUUGACCUUCGCGUCCGACACGGCAACCUUCCUCCACAGCUCCGCGACGAGGCUGCAAUGGCAGUCCGCACCGCCAGCGAUUCGCAUGCCUUCGAGGUCAAGUCAAGAGGGAUCCGCGACAUUGUGGUUCCGGCUCUGGCCGCAGCAGCUCUCUUUGCCCUCGUCGUUUUACGGCCCCUCAAGGCUCUGCCGAUUAGGUCGAGCAUGUCCUGCCAGAUGGAGAAAACAACAUUCGUUCCUGCGUAUAGAUGCGGUGUAACUGCAGCCGCAGAAUUGCCCACGGCGCUCCCGACUCUCACCAUCCGGAACCUUACCGUCACUCUGUUGGAGCUCAAGCUGGUCGAGCGUCUCGAAUCUCAUCCACAUCCACACUUACACAAGGCAAAAGGGCUGGUCAAAGUUUCGUCCCACGUUACCAGCCCUGAAGAGUCUCAUGAACCCGAUGCACCUCUCCCAUCCGCAACAACCGCGCAACACGAGGAACCGCCACCACCAUCAAAGCAAGACAUCGCCGGGGUGACCAUCUCUCCCUUUUCGGGAUGCCACACCUCCGUUUAUGCUCCAGACCCAACCCUGCACGAGCAACUCCGCCUUACCUUUGAGGACCCCGCCACCGGGCACCUCUACAGCGCCGAAAUACCGGCCUCAUCACGUCGGAGCAUAGUCCUCAGAGCACUCGCUCAGGACACCGAGGCGGAAACCAAGGAGUUCACGGCCAUCUACCUGCCGCAGCACGCGCACCUCGCGCUGUUCAGCUCGGCCAACCUCUCCUCCUGGAUGUCGACGCUGGACGGCACGCUCCCGCUAUCGGCCCUCUCCAUCCCUGGCACCCACAACUCGCCCACCUGCCACGUCGCCCUGCCCUCGGUGCGCUGCCAGGCCGUCCCCGUGCUGGACCAGCUGCACAACGGCGUGCGCUUCCUCGACGUGCGCGUCUCCUGCCCAAGCUACGACAACAGCACCCCGGCCCCACCACCCUCCAACGGCACCACCACCACCACCACCACCACCACAACCCCCACAGCCCCUCCAACCCCCGAACUCAGCCUAGUACACUCCGCCUUCCCCAUCUCCCUCACCGGGCCCAAAUACCUCUCCACCCUGCUCGCCACCCUCUACGCCUUCCUGGACGCCCACCCCUCCGAAACCGUCCUCCUCUCCCUCAAGCGCGAAGGCACGGGCCGGGGCAGCGACGCGGACCUCUCGCAGAUCCUGCACACCCACUACAUCACGCCGCACCGCGCGCGAUGGUACACGGCGGCGCGGGUGCCGACGCUCGCCCAAGCGCGCGGGCGGAUCGUGCUGGUGCGGCGGUUCCGGCUGGCCAAAGCCAAGCGGCGGGGAGAGGAGGGGGAGGCGUGGGAGGGGGGCAUCGACGGGUCGGUGUGGCCGGACAACGUGGCCGACGGGACGUGCGGGAGCGGGACGAUCCGCAUCCAGGACUACUACGGCAUCGGUAGCGGUGCUGAGAUCCAGCGGAAGGUGCGCUUCGCCCAGGAGGGACUGGAGAGGGCUGCCCAGGGGGUGGUGCGCAGUAGUGGUAGUGGUGGUGGUAGUGGUGGGCCUGGGCCGGAAACGCCGCUCUUUAUCAAUUUUUUGAGCGCGAGCAAUUUCUUCAAUGCGAGCUGCUGGCCGGAUCGGAUCGCGGUCAAGAUUAACCCGUCCAUGAUUGAGUACUUGUGUAUGGGACACGGCGCUCCUGGGAAGGGGCCCGCCGAGUUGGAUAUCGGGGAUGCCGCCACGGGGAUUGUGGUGACAGAUUGGGUUGGCCAUCAUGGAGAUUGGGACCUCGUGCGGUGCAUUGUGGGAUGGAACGCCAGGUUGCAGCUGCGGCAAUAG